CCAUGACAACUUCCGUUUCCUGUUGGCUCUGGUUGGAGGGGUGAAUAUUGAAUGUCCUGAGAGGUCAGAUUGCUGUCAGACAUGGCCCAUGGACAUGAACAUGGCCAUGGACAAGGCCAUGGUAAAAUGGAACUUCCAGGCUAUAAACAAUGGAAGAUAGAAGGAACACCUUUAGAAAUUAUCCAGGAGAAGCUGGCUGCACAAGGGCUAAGGGAUCCAUGGGGUCACAAUGAGGCUUGGAGAUUCAUGGGUGGCUUUGCAAACAAUGUUUCCUUUGCUGGUGCAUUAUUAAAAGGAUUCAAAUGGGGAUUUGCUGCAUUUGUGGUAGCUGUGGGAGCUGAAUAUUACCUGGAGUCCCAGAAUAAAGAGAAUCACUGCAAAUAA